GCCGAAGCGAUAAAUCAAGAGGGAGAGAAUUUUGACCCUCUUUCCGUCUUCCUUCUCCGCAGAUUCAGCGAGGGGACGUAGGAUUCUAGAGGGAGAGGAACCGGAGAUCUAAUGGAGCAGAGCCUUCUUCUUCCUCGGCUAAGAGCCGAUCAUGGCCUCAUCCUCGCGUCCCCGUUCAUCACCUACGCUCAUGCUUCCGGUUGGAGGCGCUGCCAUUCCUCGUCGUUCUCUUCGCUCAAGAUCCAGAGUCAGCUUCGUCCAAUGUCUGUGGUUUCAGGGCCCCUUAGCACUAUAAGAUGUGCAGUAACUGAAACAAGUGUUUACAGCAAGGAAUCUACGGAAACAGUAGACUUGGACUGGGAUAAUCUUGGAUUUGGACUGGUUCCCACUGAUUAUAUGUAUAAGAUGAAAUGUACCCAAAAUGGGAUAUUCACAGAAGGAGAAUUGUUACGUUAUGGGCCCAUUGAAUUAAGUCCAUCUUCGGGAGUAUUGAAUUAUGGGCAGGGAUUAUUUGAAGGUCUCAAAGCAUACAGGAAGGAAGAUGGAUCAAUUCUAUUAUUUCGACCUGAAGAAAAUGCCUUACGAAUGAGAAAGGGUGCUGAAAGGAUGUGCAUGCCUGCACCAUCAGUGGAAAAGUUUGUUGAUGCUGUAAAGCUCACUGUUUUGGCAAACAAGCGCUGGGUGCCACCUACAGGUAAAGGUUCACUGUACAUUAGACCACUUCUUAUUGGUAGUGGUGCUGUUCUUGGUCUGUCACCUGCUCCUGAAUAUACUUUUCUUAUCUUUGUCUCACCUGUUGGAAACUAUUUUAAGGAGGGCUUGGCUCCAGUAAACUUAUUAGUUGAAAAUGAGUUUCACCGUGCAGCACCAGGUGGAACAGGGGGUGUUAAGACCAUUGGCAAUUAUGCAUCAGUCCUCAAAGCGCAAAAGAAAGCCAAGGAGAAUGGUUUUUCAGAUGUAUUAUAUCUUGACUCCACUCACAAAAAGUAUCUCGAGGAAGUUUCAUCCUGUAAUAUUUUUGUUGUGAAGAACAAAGUCAUUUCCACCCCAGAAGUAAAAGGAACUAUAUUGCCUGGCAUUACGAGGAAAAGUAUAAUUGAUGUUGCUCUAGGUCAAGGCUAUCAGGUCGAGGAGCGUGCAGUAUCAGUGGAUGAAGUGCUUGAUGCUGAUGAAGUUUUCUGCACCGGAACAGCCGUCGUGGUAACCCCGGUGGGAAGUAUAACAUUCCUAGGAAGAAGGGUGGAGUACGGCAACAAAGGAGUUGGGGCUGUGUCUCAAGAACUGUACUCUGAACUCACAAGAUUACAGAUGGGCCUUUUGGAGGAUAAGAUGGGUUGGACAAUGAAGUUAAACUAGGAAUUUCGAAACCAAAUAAACAAUCAGUGCAUCUCUCACGGUCGUUGUUUAAUCUUUGAAGGUAGACGGUGGUAAAUUAUUUGUGGACACUCAGAAUUGUCGUUGUAUUUUUCUUGAAUUAUGUUUCUGUCCAAUGAUUGUCACAGCAAGUCAAACAACACUUUUACCUUUUAUCUGUUUCUUUUAAAAAUUAUUUAUAAGUGUUUUUGUUA